AUGGUAGCACUAGUAUUUUCUUUUGUAAUUAAGGACAUAAUAGACUAUUUUAUUAGUAUAAAAUCAUCAGAAGAAGAAAUACGUCUUGGAAAAAAAAAUCAAGAGUUCAAAGUAAAAUCUAAUCUGUGGGGAAACCUUUUUGACAAUUCAAACACAGAAACAAAACCAGAGAAUAGGAGCACCGAAGAUUCUUUUAUUGAUGAUAGAGAAAGUGAUGAUGACAUUAUACUG